AUGCCAACAUUGUUCUCUGAUAUUCUUGAGAGACAUGGUCCUUUUAUCGGGAUCAUGGGAUCUUCCACAGGCGCUACUGUGGCUGCUGUUGUCACAUUCUUCUUCAAAAAAGGAGAUCGAGCUGCAACUUUAAUCUCACAGCAAUUAUACCCGAGUAUUACUGAGGCCCUUUCUACUACGAAAUCAACCCGGAUGGAGUUUGCAUUUGUCUUAGCGGGUUUCAACUUAAACACCCUAAGUGUCCACUGA